AUGAACAUGCGUCUCAUGCGGGCGCUGGCCCUCCUUUGCCUGUGCUCGAGGGCUUGCGCGGAGGAAGGCGAUUACAUCGUGGCUGUGGAUGCUGCUGGAGAGGUGCAAAGCACGCACAGCACUCACGGCGCAACGGGCUACGGCUCUUCCAAAGCAGAGCCCAUGAGCCUGAACGCCAUCCUCCCGCACUGGCCCGAGGCCGCGGUCUCGCAGCAAAGCGCCCAGGUUGCCCGGAAUCCUCGCGAGGUCGAGGCCCAGGCCGACGUGGACGAGGGCGACGAGGAGGGCGAGGAGGAGGAGGGCGAUGAGGAGGGCGAUGAGGAGCCGGACACAAGCGACAAGAGCUCAGGCGAGAAGGACGCGUACUCCUUCACGUACCGGCAGCAUGUGGUGGGCUCCACACCAACAGGUGAGCUCGGAAUCGGAACCCCAAGUGUGAACCUGAACAUGAUCUUAGACACUGGGAGCGACAAAUUCGUGGCGAAGACGUGGUCGACUAUCAAGGCCGAGCUUGAUAAGAUCGAUGCCGGUGCCUCUGAAGAGGUCUUUCCCAGCACGAAGCUCUACAAUCACAAUGCCUCCAAGUCCUACAUGCAGCUCUUCAUGUCCUCGCAUGGGAAGAAGAUCCCGCGACAGGGGUUCAUAGCCUAUGGGAGCGGCAUGGCCAUCACGGUGGAGGGCAGAGAAACCAUCCGGAUUGGUGCUGCAGAGGAGUAUGUAAGCAUGCAGAAGUUUCCGAUCUCUGAGAUCAGCAUGGACUCCCUGCAGAUACUUCAUUCCUCCAAGGGCAUCUCGGGAAUCCUGGGCUUGCAGCACAUGAUGAAUCGAUCCCUGGGGCAGUCCUUCUAUUCGAAGCUGCGCGAUAAGCGUGUGCUGCACUCGUUCGGAUAUUGCCGUGGCAAGAAGAACGAUGGCACCUUCAUUUGGGGAGACAGGUCCAGCGAAGGCAAGGCAGUGAACGUCGAAGGGCAGAUGCACUGGGCCGUGAAGCUCAGCAACAUGCGCGUGCGCCAUCGGAGGCACAAAGCCGCCUCGCUGCUCAGCGACGAUGCAGACGGGGACACCGUUUCAAGCAAGCCGUCUUCACAUGCGCACCACAAGUUCCACCUCUGCCGCGAGAACGCUCCGUGUGUGGCUGUGAUCGACACAGGAUCCAACAUCCUGGCCAUGCCCUCUGAGGCGGUGAGGAUGCUGACGAAGACGCUCGACGUGUCCUCGGACUGUUCCAACAUGGACCAGCUUCCCAACCUCCACUUCGCGCUCGGCGAGGGGAUCGAGAUUUCCUUGCCCCCGGCGGCAUACAUCAUGAAGGUAAAGCUCCCGUGGCUUCCAAGGAAGGACAAGAGCUCUUCCGAAGACUCCGAGAACUCGGAGGAGUCUGACUCAUCCUCGGAAUCCUCGGCAGCCUCCACGGAGGCCACACGCGACCAGCAUCCAAAGAAUGGGAAGGCCAAGGCCAAGGCCAAGGUGAAGGUCCACCAUGUCGACGCCGACGAGGACAGAGGUGAUGUGAUGCCGGAGGCAUCGAAAGCCAAGUCGCGGCACCGGCAGCAGCGACCACCACUUGAGCUGACCGAGCAGGAGGAGGGGGACACCUUCCAGGCAGAGGUCGAGUCUUUUGUGGAGGAGACGCGAAGACAGCAAGGCUUGGACUUGCGUGCUGUCCUCGCGAGCUCAGACCUGGCGCUGCUUCUCAAGAACACCUCGACCUUGUGUAUGCCCGCCAUUGUACCCUUAGAUCGCGAGACGCAGAAGGGCACCCUUCUUGUCGUCGGGGGUCCCCUGUUCGAGAGGUAUUACACCCGUUGGGCAUGGCCCGAGGGACAGAAGCCCCAAGUCUUUGUCCAGGACUUGCACAAGGCCGAGGCCUGCGCGGCCAAGGAGGAAACGACAACGGAAUCCGAAGCAGGGAAGACCCCGAAGAUGACCGUCUGGAGGUCACACGAAAACGACGGCCGCAUGAUCCGUGCGGAGAAAGGACAGCGACAUCUCAAGUCGACAGUGUCCGCUGACCUCAGCGAAAUGCCCUCGGAGUUGAGGCCACGCGAGAUUACUCUGGAUGACAUCAGGUAUCCGCAUUGGGCGAGGUAUCUGGACGAGCUCUGA